CGCGGGCCCUCGCCCCACCCGUCUGCAGCCACUCCCUGUCUCCGUCCCCAAGAUCGAGAAGGCCACGUGACCCUCCCGGGCCAGUCACGUGAGGCGCGGAUCCCGGGUGGGAGGGGGUUGGCAGAGUGGUCUGGAGUGGCAGCAAAGGAGGAAGAUGGCGGGGUGCAGGGGGUCCCUGUGCUGCUGCUGCAGGUGGUGCUGCUGCUGCGGCGAGCGUGAGACCCGCACCCCGGAGGAGCUGACCAUCCUUGGGGAGACACAGGAAGAGGAGGAUGAGAUCCUUCCAAGGAAAGACUAUGAGAGUUUGGACUAUGAUCGCUGUAUCAAUGACCCUUACCUGGAGGUUUUGGAGACGAUGGAUAAUAAGAAAGGUCGAAGGUACGAGGCCGUGAAGUGGAUGAUGGUGUUCGCCAUUGGAGUCUGCACUGGGCUGGUGGGUCUCCUUGUGGACUUUUUUGUCCGACUCUUCACCCAGCUCAAGUUUGGAGUGGUUCAGUCGUCGGUGGAGGAGUGCAGCCAGAAGGGGUGCCUCGCCCUGUCCCUCCUGGAGCUCUUGGGUUUUAACCUGACCUUUGUCUUCUUGGCGAGCCUUCUUGUCCUAAUUGAGCCUGUGGCAGCAGGUUCUGGGAUACCUGAGAUCAAAUGUUACCUGAAUGGCGUGAAGGUGCCAGGAAUCGUCCGGCUCCGGACCCUGCUCUGUAAAGUCUUCGGAGUGCUUUUCAGCGUGGCUGGAGGGCUCUUUGUGGGGAAGGAAGGCCCUAUGAUCCACAGCGGGGCCGUGGUGGGAGCUGGCCUCCCUCAGUUUCAGAGCAUCUCCUUGCGGAAGAUCCAGUUUAACUUCCCCUAUUUCCGAAGUGACAGAGACAAGCGAGACUUUGUGUCAGCCGGGGCGGCUGCUGGAGUUGCUGCAGCUUUCGGGGCCCCCAUAGGGGGCACCUUGUUCAGUCUGGAGGAGGGUUCGUCCUUCUGGAACCAGGGACUCACGUGGAAAGUGCUCUUUUGUUCCAUGUCCGCCACCUUCACCCUCAACUUCUUCCGUUCUGGGAUUCAGUUUGGAAGUUGGGGUUCCUUCCAGCUCCCUGGAUUGCUGAACUUUGGCGAGUUUAAGUGCUCUGACUCUGAUAAAAAAUGUCAUCUCUGGACAGCUAUGGAUUUGGGUUUCUUCGUCGUGAUGGGGGUCAUUGGGGGCCUCCUGGGAGCCACAUUCAACUGCCUGAACAAGAGGCUUGCAAAGUACCGUAUGCGCAACGUGCACCCGAAACCUAAGCUUGUCAGGGUCUUGGAGAGCCUCUUGGUGUCCCUGGUGACCACCGUGGUGGUGUCCGUGGCCUCGAUGGUGUUAGGAGAGUGCCGACAGAUGUCCUCUUCGAGUCAAGUGGGUAAUGGCUCCUUCCAGCUCCAGGUCACAUCAGAAGAUGUGAAUUCAAGUAUCAAGACAUUUUUUUGUCCCAAUGAUACCUACAAUGACAUGGCUACGCUCUUCUUCAAUCCCCAAGAGUCUGCCAUCCUCCAGCUCUUCCACCAGGAUGGGACUUUCAGCCCCAUCACCCUGGGCCUGUUCUUCGUCCUGUACUUCCUACUUGCAUGUUGGACUUAUGGCAUUUCUGUUCCAAGUGGCCUUUUCGUGCCUUCUCUGCUGUGCGGAGCUGCCUUUGGACGUUUAGUCGCCAAUGUCCUGAAAAGCUACAUUGGAUUGGGCCACAUAUAUUCAGGGACCUUUGCCCUGAUCGGCGCUUCGGCUUUCUUGGGUGGGGUCGUCCGUAUGACCAUCAGUCUCACGGUCAUCCUGAUCGAGUCCACCAACGAGAUCACGUAUGGACUUCCCAUUAUGAUCACCCUGAUGGUGGCCAAGUGGACAGGGGACUUUUUCAAUAAGGGCAUUUAUGACAUCCACGUGGGCCUACGCGGCGUGCCACUUCUGGAAUGGGAGACAGAGGUGGAAAUGGACAAGCUGAGAGCCAGUGACAUCAUGGAGCCCAACCUGACCUACGUGUACCCGCACACCCGCAUCCAGUCUCUGGUCAGCAUCCUGCGCACCACCGUCCACCACGCCUUCCCAGUGGUCACAGAGAACCGGGGCAACGAGAAGGAGUUCAUGAAGGGCAACCAGCUCAUCAGUAACAACAUCAAGUUCAAGAAGUCCAGCAUCCUCACCCGGGCCGGCGAGCAGCGCAGGCGGAGCCAGUCCAUGAAGUCCUACCCGUCCAGCGAGCUGCGCAACGUGUGCGACGAGCACGUGGCCCCCGAGGAGCCUGCUGAGAAGGAGGACCUGCUGCAGCAGAUGCUGGACCGGAGAUACACUCCCUACCCCAACCUAUACCCUGACCAGUCCCCGAGCGAAGACUGGACCAUGGAGGAGCGCUUCCGCCCGCUCACCUUCCACGGCCUCAUCCUGCGCUCCCAGCUCGUCACCCUGCUGGUCCGAGGCGUCUGCUAUUCUGAGAGUCAGUCGAGUGCCAGCCAGCCACGCCUUUCCUACGCCGAGAUGGCCGAGGAUUACCCGCGGUACCCCGACAUCCACGACCUGGACCUGACGCUGCUGAACCCCCGGAUGAUCGUGGAUGUCACCCCAUACAUGAACCCUUCGCCGUUCACUGUGUCCCCCAACACCCACGUCUCCCAAGUCUUCAACCUGUUCAGGACAAUGGGUCUGCGCCACUUGCCGGUGGUGAACGCGGUGGGAGAGAUCGUUGGCAUCAUCACACGGCACAACCUGACCUGCGAGUUUCUGCAGGCCCGCCUGCGGCAGCACUACCAGACCCUCUGACACCUGCCUGCAGCCACCACAGCCCCCUCGCUCACACUCGGGCUGCCACAGCUGGCCGGGGCUGUUCCAGGGCACAGGGUUCCCAGUCACCCACCUGCUCAGAACCUGGCCUUGUGGAACGCUUUGCUGGUCAGAUCCUGGGGAUGAUGUCGAACCCUAAGAGUUGGACUUUCCUAACUUCCUCAGCCAAUUCCUUCCUCUUUCCUGCUCCCUGUGUCCCUGCCUGUGUUGGCACAGGCCUGCCUCGGCCCCCGAGAGAUCCGUGACUGGAGGUGGAAGUCAGGUUGGACCCUGAGGGGUCACUUGGAGCAGUUUCCUGCCCUAUGUUGCUUUCCUGGAGAGCCCAGGAAGAGAGCCCGGCCUUAGCCCUUCUGGGAGGGUCUUGGGCCAAGAACACACUGAAGAUGCCAAUUGCAAAAUCAGGUUCAUUGCUAAGUUUAGGAAUUGGGCACCAAGAAAUUUCCCCAUGUUCAGGAGGCCACCUUUGUUGGGACUCGUCACCUGAUAUUUUCUGCAGUCAUCUUAAGAGAGCCCUGUGCUCCUCAGGAAUGAGCAGGCGCUCUGCUCUCGCCCCUGUGGCUUGACCCUCCUGAGAACCACCGCCCUCUGGGAGCACAGAGCCUUCCAAUCCCACCGCAUCUGCAGACGCUUAGUCCAGCCACAGGAGCAGACUGACACCACCCUGUCUCUCGAUUUACAAAUUGCUCCAGGCUUCCCAGGUCACAUUUGUCCCCCGAUCUGUCCCCGAUCCUUUCAUCUUCAUAGUUUACUAGACUUUCUGAAUUUUUAUCUCCAUCUUCCUGGUGCGACAGCCCCAGUUCAGUCUUGGCCUCAUCCUCAAACCAGGGCUCCCCAGACAAAACCUCUUCCCGGAGCCCUGGGGAGUUGACAAGAAGUCCAGCCUGAGCCACAGUCACUCAGACGUACCUGUGAGGAGAAAGCAGGUGGCUUCUUGCAAGGGGGGGUCUCCCCUUCACAGUCACCUCACUCCCCUGCUGCCAGCCUCCCCACCCUCCUGAGGGGCUCAGAGAUAGGAGCCCCAGCUGGGUCUGCUGCCCUGCAGCGGUGGGUCUUCCGGCCUGCAGGUGCCUGAAGGCUUCAGCGGUGACCAGGGGAAGUGCCCCACCUGGCUGCUCUGCCCGCGGGUUCUUCCUCCGGGCUCUCAGUCCUUUCUGAACAGACUCUCGGAGUAAGCGUCUGGGUAGGGGUGUUGGCGCCUCUUCCUUCAGCUUCCAGGUGUCUUUUGGCAUCUUGGUCCCAUCAGGUGUCCCUCUAGCAGCUGUUCUUUGGGACUCCAGAUGGCAUUCAUUUGCAGUUUGUGUUUUUUAAACCGUGAAAGUAUCUGAGGGCAUCAGUGUCCCAGGCCUGGCUUCCUGCAGCGAGGGCAUGGAGUCACUUCUGGCUUGGCCAGGCUGGGUCUCACGUCCAGCACAUCCUAGAGAAUUAUUCCGUGUGUACGAGUGGCUUCAGGGUUUUUUUCAACUGACCACGGCCUGUGGCCCUCUUGUCUCCCGUCUGUUUAUCCUUUUGACCAAAACGAUGCUACGUCUCCGUUUUGCAGCUUCUUUGGACGCACUGAUUUGUGCACUGGGCAAUCCUCCCAGUGACUGGUUCAGGAGCUCAGAGCGCUUUACAUUUGGCUGGGACCUCGUCCUGUGCUGUCCAGAACUUGACCACGUUGUUUCUUCCUCUCACUAAGAACCAGUUUUAUUAAGCAGGUGGCCUGAGAUGGGAGGAUGAAGUCACUGCCUGUUGGAGGACCCUCGCCCCUUCUCCCUGCCGCACAUGCAGAGCCCUGGCUCAGGGCUGGGCUGCCGGCCCCCUGCCUCCCUGGGGCUGUCCUGGUGCAGUUGUUGGACUUCAUCCCUGUGCACACCAAGUUGUUCGUAGGUCAGUUUUACCCAGAGUUAGGGAGUAGGGUGCAAGCGCCUCCCUCGCCCUGAGUCAGCCGAGGGCACUGAGGAGGCCCCGCGCCCAGGCUCCCUAAAAGCGUGUGGUCUCCUAUGCUCCUCCGUCUGCACCUGCCCCUCCCAGAAAAACCCAAAGAUGACAACUUCUCCACUCGUGACCAAUAAUCAUAAGCCUUGCUCCUUGGAUUUCCGCACAGUAGAAACAAACCAGUGCCCUCGGCACCUCACUGUUAACCAGCCCUGUCACCCGCCUCACCCAGAGCUCUGGGACCUGGAUGAAGCAUCCGCAGAGGGCGUUGGGUCCCUAGAGGGCUCUUCUUGUUCCUCUGGUAUGGGAACAUACCAUGUUUGGGGCGCCCCAGUGAGGCAAUCGGGACAACAGGUCUCCAGUCCAAACUGGGAAUUUUGCCCAUUUGGGGAUCUCUACCCACAACCUGUUUAACAGCUCCUGGCUGGAAUGGACUCUUGCUUGGCCCAGAUGACAGCAUGACAGCUCUGAUGCAGGACUGUGUGCUGACAUGUCCCCAGUGACAAGGAGGCUUCAGGAAAGGCCACUUGGCCCUCAGUAUCGCCGUGCAGUGCUGCCUCAGCCCCUGCUGACCUUGGGCGCCCCCAGCCGCCUCCUCUGUUUGCACUGUUGGUUUACAAGGUAACGUUAGCUAAUUCCACUGUGUAUAUAAAUUGUAUUUUUUUUAAUUUGUAAAAUUCUAUUUUUAUUUGAAUUUUCGGAACUCGGAAGUUCUCAUGGUAACUGUAACAUGUCAGAAUAAAAUGUCUGCCUGUCUCCUUUA